CCCCCAUACUAAUCCAAAUCAUAAUCACAAUCAUAAUCAAUAUUCUAAUCUCCUGCUUACAAUUGCUGACAAUCUCUCCGAUUCGAAUCCCAUGCGCUUCAUUGCACGAUCACGCUUUAGUAUUUCCCGCCUCACUCGCCCUGCUGCUGCUGCUGCUGCCGCUGCUGCUCGCUCGCGCAGACCAGCACUGAUAGCCCCCGCCGGCGUUUCCCUUGAGUGUGUGCCUUAUCAACGGAAGAUAGCCACCAUGCCGCCGCCGCCGCCGCCGCCGCCGCCUGCUGCUGCGCAAGCUACACCCGACUCCUCCAAGCCCAAGCCCGGUGAGCAGCCGCCCGCGGAAGCAGAGGAGGCCCCCCUCCCGCCGCUCUCCGCGAAGGAGUUCCGGGUGUAUAAUCGGUUGGCGGAGCAUAUGGAUCAGUUUCACACCCACUUCCGCCACACCUACGCAACCCUCCAAACCGCGUGCGCCCCAGCUACCAAAAAACACACCCUGCCCCCGAAAGCCCUGAUCACCCUGGGCCUGGAAUUCUGCCACCACCUCACGAUGCACCACACGAUCGAGGAGCGGCACAUCUUCCCCGUGCUGGCGCGCCGGAUGCCCGAGUUCCGGCGCGAGCUGAGCCUGGUCGGCCAGCAUAAGGUGAUCCACCGGGGGAUGGAUGCGCUGGAGCGGUAUCUGGAGGGGUGUCGGCAGGGGGAGACGGAUCUGGAGCGCGGGGAGGUGAAGCGGUUGUUGGAGGGGUUUGGGACGGUGUUGUUUGAGCACCUCGACCAGGAGGUGGAGGCGUUGCGGGCGGAGAAUAUGAGACGGUAUUGGAAGGUCGGGGAGAUGGCGGGGUUGCCUAUGUGAUUUUCUAUCUCUUGUAGAGGAGGGGGAUUGGGUUGUGUGUAUGUUUAGAUGCGUGGGUUCAAUGUUUAGAGAACAUAGCGGAAUUGAGG